GCGUUUCCUCAACUUCUUGGUUCAUCCUCACUAAGCUUAGAAAUUCUGGAAAUAGGGCAAAAAAAUAAGUAAAAAUGAGCUCAACAGCAGUUCUCUCCAGAUUAUCUACUAUUCGAGGAAGAUGCAAAUCAAUUCCUACAAUUGCUAACUUAUUCAAAUCAACCACCCCAUCUCCAGUUUCUUCUUCUACUAAGCGCAUUCCUCGCAUUUCAAGGUUACCUGUUGAAGCAAGCUGCUUACUUACAAUGUUGCCGUUGCACAGUGCGAUUGCUUCUGCUAGAUUACAGUCUGUAUUAUCUGUUGAUUCCCAGAAUUGGUGUUUAGUUCCUCAAGGAGACACAAAAAGAAGCAGCCACUUACCAGCCACAACACCAAGCCGUAAGCUACUGCCAGGGAGAGAAACAGAGGACCGUUGGGAGACAAGCAGCUUUUGUAUUUUGUUUGUAUUGCACUAAAAUAGUACGAGGACAAGAGUAGAUAAUUGUAGUAAUUAAGGCUAUGUUGCCAAUCCUAGUAAUGUAAUUGUAGUAUAAGAAGUAAGAGACUAGUAGGAGGAGGGUAUCCAGAAAUUUGUAAGAGGAACUUUGGAGAGUUAUGGCCUAAAGCCAUAUUUAUCUUUCGAAGCUUUAAGCUUAACAAUCAAACAACAACCUUUCGACUUAUUUAUUGUCUCAAACGCUAGUCCGUUGCAGUAAGACGUAGCUUUCAGACUGCCAGGUCUUAGAUUGAGGGUUUUUAUCUGGUGUUCUUUAAAUAGCAAGUAGCAAACAUGUUUUUUUGUUAUAUAUAUUUAUAUGAUACUUGCAUACGUCUGUUUUUCCUAAUAAAUGAGAGAACACUCAAGUCAGUAAUAAGUCACACUUGUUGCUUUGUCAUUUUCUCAAACGGAAUGAGAAGAUGAUUAAAGUAAGCUUUUCUUCCAUCUGGCCAGAUUAUAACCAUACUUGCAUUACCACCCCUAAAGAAAUCACCUGAGAGAAGACUCUUGUGAACUGCAUGUAAUGUUACUAUGUUAGCAGCUAGCUAGAUUCCAGGCAUCUUCAGACAAAGCUAAUAGUGUUUUUGCUGAUUGUGCUCUGUUGUGAUCUGGCUAUGGGAUACAGAUCACGAGAAUGUAUUUCAUUGAAAUUAAGUCAAAUGGACAUGUAGCGUGUUUCAGCAAUAGUUGAGCAUCAUCUUAUCAUGAUUUUUUAGGACAAUGCCAGUGUUUUAUACCUUUUAUUUAUUUAUUUUUUUAAUAAUAUCCACGACUCCACGAGUGUUUUAUACCUUUUUUUUCUUUAAAUAUUCACCCUUGCUAUCCUUGGAAUUGACUGUUUCAUAAAUUCUAAGUUGACUAAAAUCUCUGUUGUUUGGUUC